AUGGAACGCAUCCGGUUAGCCGAAAGGAAAAUACUACGGUCUACCACUAACACUAAACGCGAACGAGGCAGCUUCAUGUACGCUAACAACUCGACGCUAUAUAGAAAAGCAAAGACAGUACGAGUGGAUCGACACAUAGCGAAUCAAGCGUUGAAUUUUAUGGACCGCUGCACUGAAACUGCAUUGCAUGCCACCGAACAAGGACCGACUGUACAAGGACUGACUGUACAAGGACCGCCUGUGCAAGGAACGACUGUACAAGGACCGACUGUACAAGGACCGACUGUACAAGGACCGCCUGUACAAGGACCGCCUGUACAAGGACCGCCUGUACAAGGACCGCCUGUACAAGGACUGCCUGUACAAGGACUGCCUGUACAAGGACCGACUGUACAAGGACCGACUGUACAAGGACCGACUGUACAAGGACCGACUGUACAAGGACCGCCUGUACAAGGACCGCCUGUACAAGGACCGCCUGUACAAGGACCGCCUGUACAAGGACCGACUGUACAAGGACCGACUGUACAAGGACCGCCUGUACAAGGACCGCCUGUACAAGGACCGCCUGUACAAGGACCGCCUGUACAAGGACCGCCUGUACAAGGACCGACUGUACAAGGACCGCCUGUACAAGGACCGACUGUACAAGGACCGCCUGUACAAGGGCCGUCUGAAGAAGAGUUAAGAAACCAAUUAAGAAAGUAA